GAUCGGCUGCCAGGAAGCCAUAUUCACCGAGUGAUGUCUGCACAUUCACGGACACAGGAGAGCGAUGCUUGGGCUCUUUUAGCCCUAAAAUCGGCACCAGCUAGCCCUUCGAAGCUGCAAUGGAGUUCAGAAAGCAAAGGAACAGCAAUUGCUCGAUUAGAAGGGAGGGAAUUCGAAUAUAUGGUGCGACAGAAGAGGAUUACUAUUGGUCGGAACAGUUCGCGAGGCGAGGUCGAUGUAAACAUGGGACAUUCAAGUUUUAUUUCUAGAAAACAUAUAGAGAUUUUCUUCGAACAUCCUCAUUUUUAUAUGUCCUGCAGUGGGAAGAACGGCGUUUUUGUGGAUGGCGUUUUCCAAAGGAAAGGAGCGCCUUCGUUGCAGUUACCUAAAGCGUGUACUUUCCGGUUUCCAAGCACAAAUAUAAGGUUGUUUUUCCAGUCGCUUGUUGAUGAAGCAGAUCCUCCAGUAGCUGUACGGCAACUGUCUCCAACAAAACCACGUGCUCCCCUACCACCACUUAGAAUAAAUAUACCAGAUCCGGAUGCAAGUUUCAGCAGCCCAUUCCCUUCUCCAACAGGCACUAUUAGUGCUGCCAACUCAUGCCCAGCUAGUCCCCGAGGAAGCCAUGGAAAACGCAAUAUUAGUGCAGAUCUUCAGAUGGUGGCAGCGUAUGCAGCAGCAGCUGUUGCUAGUAGUGGCCCACAUUCAGUUGUUAAUACAGUCACUGUCGCUACAUCAAGCUGUGAUGAUAGGCCAGACAAUGGUUCCUCUAGUCAUAGUGGCCUUGCAGCCUUGACAUCAAGCCCAGAAAAUCAACACAGUUCUGGUGUGGACACCAUGGGCAAUGGCCACAAAGUGUACAGACAAGGUGGUCACAAUGGCACAACUACAUGUCCUCCACCAACUGUGGUCGAACCUUGCAGUCCACCAAAGGAUGAUACAAAACCACCAUAUUCAUAUGCCCAGCUAAUUGUACAAGCCAUUGCUUCAGCACCAGAUAAGCAACUAACACUUAGUGGUAUAUAUUCGUAUAUUACCAAAAACUAUCCUUAUUAUCGCACAGCUGACAAGGGUUGGCAAAACUCCAUCAGACACAAUCUCUCACUCAACCGAUAUUUUAUUAAAGUUCCACGUUCGCAAGAAGAACCGGGGAAAGGUUCUUUCUGGCGCAUUGAUCCACAGUCUGAAGCAAAACUGAUUGAACAAGCAUUUCGCAGAAGAAAACAGAGGGGAGUAUCCUGCUUUCGAGCACCCUUCGGUCUGUCUUCAAGGAGUGCCCCUGCUUCUCCAAGUCAUGUUGGUGUAAGUGGAUUGAUGACACCAGAGUCCCUUUCUCGAGAAGGCUCACCAGCACCAGAACAGUAUCCUGAAUGCUCUGUCCCAUCACCGGCAGUCCAUAGCUCACACCUAGAGGUCAAGACCAGCCAGUCAGCUCCUGGUUCUCCUGGAAACUCUGGUGUCACUUUCGUGACAAGCAGUGUUACUGGGCAACCACAGCAAGUCACAGUAAUGGGAAAAUCACGGAUCAUGUUGCCAGCACAGCAGAUUGCUGUGGUUACCAAUGGAGUGAGUGGAGAAGUUACUAGAGAAGAGAAGUACCUAAUGCCAAACAGCACUACCACCCUUGUGAGUAUAGCUGAGGAACGCUCUUUGUCCCCAGCUACUUUUACGCCAGCUCCUGUCAUUGUGCAGGCUGCAUACUCUAAUUACAGUAACUCAUACGUCACAACUACCACCUCAGCUGAACAAUCUCCCCAGCAAACAACUGUUAAGAGGGAACUUGAGGUGGUUGAGGAGGCUGACACAACACUAGAAGAAGAAAGUAAAAAGAAGAUGAGGAUUGAGAACAGUCAAGAUGUCUCAGGAGAUAAAUGAUGAAUGUUUGAGACGUUUGUGUGGUGAAGAACAGCAUGUUCUAGUCCACUUCAUACGGUACCAAGUGUAGUUCUCAUUUAAUAGUGAACACUGUUAUCAUGACUGACUGUUACAUCAAUUUUAAAUCCUUUCUUAACUCAGUUUAUUUUUAAAUGUCAGCAGUUGUUCCUUCCCUGUCCUAUCCUUCCCUCUUCAUUCAUUUUAUACCUAGUUUAUUAGGAUUGUGUGACAUCAAUAGUGUAAACAGUGGAUUAAUUGUCACAAAGUACAAGGAGUUUAAUUUUUGUAGCAGAAACCUGUUAUUGGCCGCAGGUGAGGCCAAUGUUAUUAUGAAUCAGUAUUUUGCUUGUUUGUGUUAUACAAGGAAAAGAGGUACUGGUAAAGGCUAGCACAGAAUUCUUUACCUUCUUUGGUUCCUGUUCUUAAGUAAAAGUUUUAAGUUGCAACUCAGAGUCACUUCAUUGAUUAUGAAGAAAUCCUUAUUGUACUUGUAUUUCCAGGAACAAAAUGCAAGUAACACCAGUACAAAUCUGAAUGAAUCCUACAGUAAUUUUUUAGUUCUUUUUUGAAAAUGUGAGUGCAGUGGGUAUAUUUGACUUUUCUUGUAACAGAAAAUGAAAUGUCUGAUGUUUUUCAUGUGAAUAGUUUACACUAUAAAAAUAUUAUAAUCUUAAAUAUAAAAAAAACUUAUCACUGAGAACAAAACGCCAUGAUAAAAUGCUUUUUGGUAUGAAGUAAACACCUGAAGCAUUCACAAGUGCUGAAAAAACCUUGCCUUAAAAUAUUUAAUCAUUCAAAAUGAAAUUCAGCAGAAUAUUCAAUCCAAGACUCAACUGUGAAUGAACUUGGGCAUUACGUGUUAGAAUAAUGUGAUCGUUGGAACUAGUUUUAACUUACGGUAAGGACGUAGAGUAAAAAUUCUCAACUAAUGAUCAUAAAAUUAUUUAGUUUCAGUUAGUUUUGAGUGAAUUUUAUAUGAGACACAUUUCAGUGAUUUUCAUUGAACUGAAAUAGUUCAGCAUCCAUGUGCGAGCUUUUAGUUAUACUUAUUUUUCAAUUUAAAGUUUCUGUUACAGAAAUUUCUCAAUCGUUAUGCAAAUAUGAACUACAGCAAGAACUGUAGACAGGUAUGUGGAAGUUUAUCUUGCUUAUUUAUAAUGUUCCACAAUGCAAAAUGUAGGAAAAGAAAAUAUAACAUUUGUAUACAUUUAAUGUUUACAGACUGCAGCCUCAUACAUAAUCACCAGAUUAAUAGUUAUUGGAAGUGGAAAAUUUUUAUAAAUGGCUAAAUAUAUGCAUUAUGAGAAGAAAUAGUUUCUUUAAAAAUAAAAGCCUAUACCAGUUUUGUUUUUUACUGUAUUCAGAUGUAUUAGUAGAUGUGACACCUUUAAUAAUAAUGAUACCAUUGUUAACAAUUUCUCAGUUCUGCCUUAAACUUGUUAAUGGUGACUACACUAAGCAAUGCAAUAACUGUUGUUUCAUCACAUGGUGCUAGUGUGCUGUUGAAGCUGUGAUGUCUCAUUGCUUUCAUGCUGUGCAGUUCGAAGGUCCAUACUGAAGGAAAUUGUUCUACAUUGUGGUUCCUUCCCCUUAUCAUAACAAUUUGAUGUACAUAUAUUUUGGAAGUUCAGAAUUAACUGAUACUAUGUUACAUCUACCAAAUACUGAAAUAAAAUCUGUGGCGCUUUAUUGUUGGAAAGAAGAUAUUAAAGUACAAUGUUAGAUGAAAUGCUUUUAGGACACCAGGUCUUGUUAACACAACUUGUUGUGGGGAAGAAUAACUUUUGUGUCAUAUUUUGUCAAAUAAUGUAGAUUUGCUUGUACAACGUUGUAAAUGUUAUGAUUCUUUUGUUAGGUAAAGAGUGAAAAAUGAGAUACCAUUAUUUACUUAUGAAUAUAUAUAUGGUAACAUGUAUAGAUUUAUAGUGUCUUCAUUGUUUCUUAUUUCUGUGAUUGGUACACUAGUGAAGAGAUUAUUUUGAAAAGUGUGAUUGUUUCUUGUGCUCAUUAGUUUCAGUCCUUGUUAUAAAUUCUGAAUUCUAUGUAUAUUUUUACAUGCAUUCAGUAGCUGCUUGUGGCGUGGAAUAUACAUGUCAUUACACCACACAGAAAAUUUACUAAAUGCUUAAAAUAAUUGUAGAAUAUUCAUCCUGAAUGCAGGUCCCUUAUUCUGUAUAUAUCAUUGUAGAUAGACACUUUCAACAGCUGUUGUUUAUUUUAAUAAUAAAAGUCCUUUAAAAUAA